GGCAACUAAAAUGGUCAAAGGCCUGGAAAUGAUGCCUUAUGAGGAACGGCUUAGGGAGCUGGGUAUGUUUAGCCUGGAGAAGAGAAGGUGAAGGGGUGAUAUGAUAGCCAUGUUCAAAUAUAUCAAAGGAUGCCAUAUAGAGGAGGGAGAGAGGUUGUUUUCUGCUGCUCCAGAGAAGUGGACACGGAGCAAUGGAUUCAAGUUACAAGAAGGAAGAUUCCACCUAAACAUUAGGAAGAACUUCCUGACAGUAAGAGCUGUUCAGCAGUGGAAUUUGUUGAAACGGGUGCCGAAGUUGAUAUAAUACGCCUUAUGGGAGUUUCUAGCUUUUUGUUACAUGAGGUCACCUCUUUGUGACCCCAUGGACCAGGCAUCCCCAAACUUUGGCCCUCCAGAUGUUUUGGACUACAAUUCCCAUCUUCCCUGACCCCUGGUCCCGUUAGCAAGGGAUCAUGGGAGUUGUAUGCCAAAACAUCUGGAGGGCCGAAGUUUGGGGAUGCCUGCCUUAGUUCCUACAAAGGCCCCUAAAGAACAAUGAUUUUGCUGACGUCGAACAUAGGCAUGGUUUGAAAAAGACAAGGGAUUCCUUCCUCUGUUUCCAAGAUUCUUGUCUGGGUCAUGGUUCAGAUGCUGGAACAUCUUUUGAAUGUGUCUUCAGCUCUGCUUUCCCCUGUUUAUAAUGCUGCCCCCCCCUUGAUUGUUAGCCAGGUCGAGCAACCUCAUCUUUGAGGUUAUAGUCAGCACUCUGCAGAAUUGUCUGCCUGCAUGCAAGAGACUGUCUAGUCACACGCUUCCCUGAUUGGCUCAAGAUUGCUGCUUGAAUAAUGAACAUGCUAGUGUUAGAAACAGGGAUUGGCUGAGCACUGCUGCAGUGAGAAUGCAGGCUGGAUGCUCUGGGCUUCUGAUCCUUUGAUGUGUAUGGGAUGAGCUGGAAGCACAGGUUCAAUCGCUACGGCUGUCUGCAGUGAAAGGAUCUGUUACCCAAGCUUUCUAAGAGCAGUGCCUUUGCAUUCUUUUGUUUAGCCUUUCCGUAACAUCCAGCAUCUUUGCUUCAUGCUAGGAGACUUGCGAUUUCCCCUUUCAUUGUCUAUUUGAGUAAACUGCUCGUGACGCCAGACACGACAGCAGAACAGCAAUUUUGAAGGCAGGAAGCGGCUGCAACUCUUCUGCUGUUGUUGCUGUGUUUGAAGCAUUGCCACGAUGCAGGAUACUUGGUAGUGCAUUCACUUUUUCUUUUUCUUUUUAAACCACUGUCUGCAGUGACUUCUUUACCAGGGCUUUAGUUGAAGGGUAAGUGAUGCUGCAGUCCCUCUGGUGGGGUUUUUCACGCCUUUUUUCAAAGGCUACAUGUCAAGGCCCUGCUGAAGGAAAGGAGAAUGAGGCAAAGGAAUCUCCAGACCAGGGACCAAAGAUGCUGGGGAAACCGCUCAACAAAGAGACUAAUCCCUCUGAAAGGAGACCAACUAUUCUAUUGGUAGUUGGACCCGCAGAGCAUUUCACACAGAAAAUCGUUAAAGCUGGAGAUAAGGACCUAGACGGGCAGCUGGACUUCGAGGAGUUUGUUCACUAUCUCCAAGACCAUGAAAAGAAACUGAGACUGGUUUUCAAGAGUUUAGACAAAAAGAAUGAUGGCUGCAUUGACGCCCAGGAGAUCGUGCAGUCCCUUCGGGAUCUGGGAGUCAAGAUCUCUGAACAGCAGGCUGAGAGAAUUCUCAAGAGAAUAAGAACGGGGCACUUCUGGGGUCCUGUCACCUACAUGGAUAAAAAUGGGACCAUGACAAUAGAUUGGAAUGAAUGGCGUGACUAUCACUUGUUGCAUCCUGUGGAGAACAUUCCUGAGAUUAUCCUAUACUGGAAGCACUCAACGAUUUUUGAUGUAGGAGAGAACCUGACAGUGCCAGAUGAAUUCACAGUGGAGGAGAGGCAGACUGGAAUGUGGUGGCGACACCUAGUUGCAGGUGGAGGGGCAGGGGCAGUGUCAAGAACAUGCACUGCUCCCUUGGACCGCUUGAAAGUUCUCAUGCAGGUCCAUGCUUCUCGCAGUAACAACAUGUGCAUUGUUGGAGGCUUUACCCAGAUGAUCAGAGAGGGGGGCACAAGGUCACUUUGGCGAGGGAAUGGCAUCAAUGUUUUGAAAAUUGCUCCAGAGUCUGCCAUCAAGUUCAUGGCCUAUGAGCAGAUCAAGCGAUUCAUUGGCACAGACCAGGAGGUGCUGAGGAUUCACGAGAGGCUGGUAGCAGGUUCAUUGGCAGGAGCUAUUGCACAGAGCAGCAUCUACCCAAUGGAGGUUCUGAAGACACGGAUGGCCCUGCGCAAAACAGGGCAGUACUCGGGGAUGCUGCACUGUGCCAAGAACAUCCUCACCAAAGAAGGAAUGGCUGCUUUCUACAAAGGCUACAUCCCCAAUAUGCUGGGGAUCAUUCCCUAUGCAGGGAUUGACCUGGCUGUGUAUGAGACAUUGAAAAACAGCUGGCUGCAACAUUAUGCUGUGAACAGUGCCGAUCCUGGGGUGUUCGUUCUGUUAGCCUGUGGUACCAUCUCUAGCACCUGUGGACAACUGGCCAGCUAUCCUCUUGCCCUAGUACGCACACGAAUGCAAGCUCAGGGUAAGAGAAUUUGAGGGGCCCUUGGGUGUAACCUAUGAUGCAGAAAGCCUGUUGCUGCUC